CGUAACGGUCUUUUGCUAUCAAAGGAAAACUCUCUCAAGGAUAAUUUGGCAAAUGGCAACCCCCUCCCUUGUCCUUGCGGAAGGAGUUACCACCACCUAUAAAAACGGACGCUAAAGCUAGCAGCGUUAUCAUUCUUUUCCCACUGCGUCACUUGCAACAACCGAGAGCGAUCAGUAUGGCUUCGCGCUCCGUGAUCAAGGCAGCUGUCUUGCUGGGUCUGGUGUACGGAGCGGUAGCUGGCGGAGGCUACGGCUCCUCCGGCGGUGGAGGAGGCUUCGUUGGAGGAAGCCAUGGCGGCGCUGGAGGAAACUUCGGAGGCUUCGGAGGAAGCCACGGCGGCCUUGGAGGAGGCCUCGGCGGAGGCAACUUCAUCGGAGGAGGCGGAGGCCACGGCGGCUACGGCGGAGGCGUUGGCGGCGGCAGCGUCGUCAGAGCACGCCUGGUCGGAGUCGGUUACCUCCCCUCCAUCGGAGGUGGCGCCGUCGGAGGCCACGGUGGCUUCGGAGGCCACGGUGGCUUCGGAGGCCACGGUGGCGGCAGCUCCUUCACGGGUCUUCCGGACAUGUCGGCGGCGGAUACGGCGGGAAAUAAUAUUGAAGAAAUAGUUGAGGCGGCCUUUGAUCGCAGGUGUCGGAUUUAAACUCAAAAGGUGUGUACUCGCAUGUCCUCUGCGUUAGGGGAACGCCCGAAUAAAUGUCGUUUUGCCUCA